AUGGCGGCGCGCGCGCACGACGCCGCCGUGCUCGCAUUCUCUGGCCACGCCGCCUGCCUCAACUUCGCCGACUCCGCCUGGCGGAUGCUGCCUGUGCUUGCGGCCGGCUCCUUCGGCUUCGAUAGCGCGCGGGAGAUCUACGUUGCACGGAUACUUGGAUACGUUCCGGUUGCCGUGGCCGUCGUUGCGCUCCAGCAGAAGCAGGUUCUGGUCGCCGUGGCCGUCGUGGCGCUCCAGCAGCUGCAGGUUCUGGUCGCCGUGGCCGUUGUGGCGCUCCAGCAGCAGCAGAUUCCGGUCGCCGUGGCCGUUGUGGCGCUCCAGAAGCAGCAGGUUCCGGUAGCCGCCGCCAUCGUUGCGCUCCAGCAGAAGCAGGUUCCGGUCGCUGUGGGCGUCGUGGCGGUCCAGCAGCUGCAGGUUCCGGUUGCCGUGGCCGUCGUGGCGCUCCAGCAGCAGCAGAUUAUUCUUCUAGUCGCGUGCCUUGUGCCGGGGUUUUACAUGUCUUCCGGCAGCCUGUUAGAGCUCGACGAGGAGCAGUGGUUUGACGACAUGGUCGCCGGGUCAUACUGUGCGAGCUUGGCGCAGGGGAAGCUUGCGGCAGCGCGGCGGCGGCGUGCAGGAGCAGCAGGGAGGAGGCGAGAGGGAGCUGAAAUUUAUCCUCCAGCCCGUCUCGGUAGAGUAUAUUUACUCCUUCGGUGCCGGUCAGAGUAAAUUUUAUCCUCUCUUAUGCGUUUUAGGGGAUCGGCUAGGUGCGGCAUAAGGGAGUAAAAUCCAAUUUAUCCUCCAUUAACACCGGAUAGGGGAUCGGUUAGAAAUGCCCUUAGCAGUGAAACAUGCAAUGACUGAAGAUAUAUGAAAAGGAAAAGAUUAAGUUGUUUUACCUGCACCGUCUUGACCUGAAAUCAAAGCUUAGCAGUAACAUGCAAUUUGAGAGAGCAGGAGCUUUGUCUUGGUUAUACUGGGCGAAAUUGGUUAACACAUUAGUACUAGUGGUUUUGUUGGCACGAUAGAUGUCCCAAAUCUUGUUUAUGAUUGGGAAUAUAGUGGUACUGUUACGUUGUGUUGUUGAUUUUAACAGUUAGACCUAAAAUAUUAAUACCUCUGUAACUGAAUAUAAGAUGUUUUUGCAGUUCAAUUUAAAGUGACUGUUUCUCCUUUUGCAUGUUAGCUGAUUGAUCUUCAGGUUUGUACAACUAACUAAUGAUUUGAGUUGGAUGAUUCAUGUUUGUAUGUUUUAUGUCAAAUUCAUGUUUCUAUGUUCCUAAUUCAAUUCAUGUGUGUAGUAUAUAUGGCAUAUGACAGCAGUGCAUAAAGUCAGAUUUCACCCAAGUGCUAAUAUCUAAACCGACCCUUUGCUAUGAUUCU